GACGCCGUUUUAUGAAGAGAUAAACACCAAGAGCUGCAAGGAUUACAAUGACAACCACGGCAAUCACAAGUGGUACAUGUGAACUACCACCUGAUGGGAAAGAAAAGACAUUUAAAUACACAAUCACAAGUGAAGUUGAAAUCGAUCUGACGCCAGAACUGUUCCCUUACCAAGAUCAACGUCUGUCCUGUUCUUUGAAUCUGGAGUUUGGUCGACUCUGGGAAUCAGUGACGCAUCUGUCCAGGUUCUAACUACGUCUGCAUCUGGAAAAACAAGUUCCAACUAAAUAUAUUGAUUGUGGAAAAUGUAUUUUUGACAAACCAGUUAUAGAAACUAUGAUGAGAUGCGUUCCUGUCAUUAGUUAGGGUUAGCCCACCAAAACUAACAACAUGCUACAAACAAUGUGGCUAGAAAUUAGGUGAAGAACACAACAUUUGAAGGAGCAUCACUCAGAUACUUAUGCAGCCUCCAUCAUGGUCAGUAGCAAACUAUAAAGUUAAAGAAGUCUCAUCUAAGUACAUUAUAAGUUAUAAGAGAGUGUAAUGGAUUAGCAUUUAGCAAACUAAAGUGGUAAAAAUUACUUUUCAAUGCUAAAAUGAGACUAAUAAGGAUUUCUGUUUGAAGACUUAAUCAAAAAUGGCCGUCAACGUUAACCCUGAUUCUUACCAAUAAUAAGCUGAACAACCGUCUCGCUCCAUCACUUCGGGAUAAAACAUCUGUGUCUGUCUCGGCUCAAAAUGCCUGGGCCGAUUAUUUGUCCAGUCCUGGGAUCAACUCAUCACUGCUCUGUCUCCCGUUGCUCUCUGAAGCCUAUCUGCACCUGGCUGGUGUCUGUCAUCGGUCAUGGAGUUCCACACCUGCAUCUGUUCUCUCCAUCUACGCAGAGCAAGGGUGGAUCCCCACAGCCUUGGACCCCUGGCCCGAGCCCCCAGGACUGACAAUCAGCUUCCUGCUCCACCUUCCACCAGGGUUUCCCUGGUCAGUGCUAGAUCAAGAGCAAAUAAGACGUUAAUCCUAAAACGACCUUUCCAUCGCACAUGAACUGGAUGUCACGUGUUUUACUGAGAUUUGGAAGAGUGCCUGUGUCUCAGUAUCAGCGCUAAGUGAGUGACUGGUCGAGGAGGGGGAAUUUACCACCAUAUUCAAGCAAGACUUUGACUGUAAACAUCUGUCACAGGCCUCAUCCACCAGUUUUGAGCCAGUCAUGUUUGAGCUGGGUUGUUCUUGUUCUGUACUGUGCACAGUGAUAUACUGACCCCCAAAACACAGCACUCAUCACUUCUCAGACUUCCUAGCUGAAAUAAGUCCUAAGUAUGACCCUGUUUUUAUCGCUGGUGAAAUGACUAUAUGUAACCAAUAAGUAGAAAUCAGUCCUGACAGCAGUUUACUAUCAAUCCAGAUUUUAUUUAUUCUUGCUGGACUGGAACGCAUCAUUCAAAAUAACGUGGAAAAUCAAAACUCAGUGGUAAAAGGACAAACUACAGCUGUCUUUUGAUAAUCUAAGGGACAGCUGGCGUAGUUGAGAAGGUGAAAAACACUUUUCUGAUAUCAUUUAAGUUCAUUAAAUUUAUCACUUAACUGUCCUUUUUAAGACUAAUACCAGUAGAUUUUUGACCAUAGUUCACAAAGGUAAAAAUGUUAAAGCUGAGUGAAAGCUGUGGAAGCUCAGCCCAGGGGAAAUAGUUUCUGGAGAAUAUAAGGAGGAUAUCAGGAUUUUCAAGCUGAAACAAGUUGUUCUCUGGAGGCAACUCAUGUUAAGAAACUGUCUACCUACAACACUCAGUACACUCUGUUCUUCACGACAAACUGAAAUCUGUUUCCUGAAGAUCCGCCUCUGCAGACUUUAUUAUUUUAUAACUGGCAACAUGGUCAAAGUUCACUCAGAAAACUGAACUCAUUGAAAUCGACACAUAGAGCCUCCCGCAGGCAGAUCCUCCACGUCAUUUAGAAGUUUUUAUAUUAUUUGAUCCAAAAGCUGAAUCUAACAGAUGAAACCUUGUUCAUAAUCUGGAGCUGGUUGAGAUCAGUGGUCGGUGGGUGAUUUCCAGACGUGUUUAAUGACAGAAACUUCACUCCGCAGGACUCUCUGAUUCUUCAGAUGGAAGGUCUGUUCCUACGAUUCCUGCUCAGAACCAUCACCAGUUUGGUUUUCUGUCUCCUCCUGACUCACUGUUCUAGAGGUCAGUCUGAGUCAGUGGAUUCACUUCAACCAAUUGUAGCAAGAGUUGGUGAUGACGUUGUUCUACCGUGUCAAAUCAAACCUUCGUUGGACGUUUCUGCAGCAACGUUGGAGUGGAAGAGGUCAAACCUCUUUGUCCUGGUGUGGCGUACUGGUGCAGACUUUAAAAGACAAAAAGAUCCAUCCUACAGAGGAAGAACAUCUCUGUUCCCUGAUGAACUGAAACAUGGAAACGUUUCACUGAAACUCUCUGACGUGAAGCUGUCUGAUAAAGGAAUGUACAGAUGUUACGUUGUAGAGAAGAAUAGAGAGAUGUUUGUUGAGCUUGUUGUUGUGUCCGUUCCUGGUUGUUCACCCGUCAUCAGUUUAUCAAGGAUGGACAGAGACAGAGGAGGAGUGGUGUUACAGUGUGAAUCCAGAGGCUGGUAUCCAGAGCCUGAGGUGUUGUGGCUGGACGCUGAGGGAAACCUGCUCUCUGCUGGACCUCCAGAGACAGUCAGAGGUCCUGAUGACCUCUAUACUGUCAGCAGCAGAGUGACUGUGGACAAGAGGCACAACAACAGCUUCACCUGU